AUGAGUUUUUUUUUUUUUUUUUUUUUUAAAUUUUUUACUUUUUUCUUUUUUUUCUCUCUUUUUUCUUUUUUUUCUCUUUUUUUUUUUCUCUUUUUUUUCUCUUUACCUAUUUUUUUUUUCUCUUUUUUUUCUCUCUUUUUUUUCUCUUUUUUUCUCUCUUUUUUCUCUCUUUUUUUCUCUUUUUUCUCUCUCUUUUUUUUUCUCUUUCUCUCUUUUCUUUCUUUUUUUCUCUCUUUUCUCUUUUCUCUCUCUUUUCUCUUUUUUUUCUUUUUUCUCUCUCUUUUUUCUCUUUUUUCUCUCUCUUUUUCUCUCUCUCUUUUUUCUCUCUCUCUCUUUUUCUCUCUUUUUUUCUCUCUCUCUCUUUUUUCUCUCUCUUUCUUCUCUCUCUUUUUUUCUCUCUCUCUCUCUCUUUUUUUUCUCUCUCUCUCUCUUUUUUUUUUCUCUCUCUCUUUUUUUUUUCUCUCUCUCUCUUUUUUUUCUCUCUCUCUCUUUUUUUUUUCUCUCUCUCUUUUUUUCUUUUUUGCCCAAAGUGUGCUCUUCUCUUUUUUUCAGUUUUGCUCUCUCUCUCUUUUUUUCUCUCUCUCUUUUUUUUCUCUCUCUCUUUUUCUCUCUCUCUUUUUUUUCUCUCUCUCUUUUCUCUCUCUCUCUUUUUUCCAUCUUAACAAGGUAUGGUUUUGA